AUGGCUGAUACACCAACAGAAAGAUUCAAUCCAUAUAGCAGAGAUGGUUUUCAACGCAGAGUUGCAAAUGAAACAGCCAGUCAAAUAGUCAAAUUAUUGAGUCGACAACCCCCAACUGAUUCAGAAUUCAGAGAGCCUAGUCAAUCCAAUGGAACUCGAUCUGAAAGCACAGAAUAUGUCAUGAACAGACCAGAGCGCCGCAGCCCAGUACGACUAUCUAAAACAAGCGCCAGAUUCAAAAGCUACAACCCCUCCGUGUUGGAGGAUCAAAGACAUAUCCACAUGUUCAAGAAGAGACAUCGCCAUAACGAAUUAGCUGACGAUACACUUUCUGUCAUUACUGAAUUGACCACAGAUAAAUACUCUCGCUUUGAUCGCUUAUUUCGAACCAUAGAAGAGCCAUUACAGAAACGAAUACCGCUUCUACCCUCUCAACAAGAGAGCUUCGAUCAAUCAGCUAAAAUGGUCCCGGAGAAAGUCAACAUAGAGCAAACUGCGCCUAUAUUUGAAGAACUAGGGCCAUUACGGCAGCAGCAGCAGACGCAGCGGUCAGAUAGAGAUAUCUCAAUGGACAUUGAUUCGUCGUCAUUUUAUGAAGGUGGUGAAGGAAACAACAAUACCUCUAUCGAAAAUACGCAGCGAUCUUUAUUUCAUGAUAUUCGAUUAGCUACCCAAGAAACAGGUUAUGGAAAUACGCAGAAAUCAUUGUUUCAUGAAAUCACACUUGCUACACAAGAGAUACCAGACAAAAGAGAAUUAUUACCGCAAGCACAAGCACAAACGAACAUUGAGACACAAGAUUUACCAAUACAGCUAUCAUCACCAAUAGCACCACACUCUCCGUCCUUACCACCACCAGCAUCACCUGUGAUAGAAACACAACAUGAUACGUUUGAGGAGGACAUUCGAAGGGCGCAAGAAGGAAUGGAUGACGAUAAUGAUUAUUAUGGAGGUGGUUUUGAAGAGGACUACGAUGACGACGAAUUGAAUCAAAGAAAUGCUGGCAGUGUGAAGAAUUUCAAUGAAGGUGAUAGAGACCAAGACAUGGGAUUCAAUCGAUUCAUAGAUGGGCAGCCGAAAUCGAGAUCAAAGGAUUCAGCUAUGUUUGAUGCGGAUGAUAAUAGCCUGCUUGUACCAAUUAGUACAGACACAAGGAAACCCGUUGAACCGAGAAAUAAGGUGGUGGUACAAGGAGAUUCAUUUAUAAGCAAGUUGAUGGAUAAACUUCCAACUUCAGGACUCAACGUAAUACCAACAGCACAAGUCAAGUCUUUAUUUGAUGGUUAUUUAGGACUGAGCAAGCUGAUUUCGAUGCCAGUUGGUCACUAUGCGCAACUGAGAAGCCUUUUUUUCGAGCAAAUGUUGGAUGAUUUGAAAAGCUACAAAGAGAGCCAACCUGAGGAUUUACAAGAUGAAAUUACACCGGAAGACAUGAUAUUAUUGAUGAAGAGACAAAAGAUCAUAACAGACAGGCAAUCAUUGGAAGCAGUUGCACAUAAAUAUUUACCCAAGGAAUACUCAGAUUUCGUUAGUCAGUCUGCAUUAGCUUACAAUCGAUUGUAUCCAGCAGGAAUGCGUGUCAAUCCAAAUGACUCUAUUGAUGACGAUAGAUAUGGCUAUGGCGAUGAAUAA